AUCCAUAUGGCUUUGUGCCUCGCCUGGUUCACGGUUACAUCUACCUUCAUAAUUACACAAGGGAAGGGAAAUACAACAUUUAACAAGAGUGUCCAUUGCUGUAAUGACCUGCAAUAUUGGCGCGACACGUAUGUAUGUCUUCCACGCAAGCAGCCAUAUAUGCCGCGUGAAUCACACAUUGCUGGUUCGAACAAAAGGGAAGGCGGGCGUCACCACGCUGGGUCCGUUAUAUGCGGGCGGGUCGAGAAGCUUCAACCCAAAGCAUGUUACUUCACUUAUUGUUAUUAUUAUUAAAUUCGAUAUCCAGUCUUCCUUUGGAGGAAUUCAACAACAUCUCGGACAAAUCUACGCCUGAAAUUAUUGCCGUUUUCCCACUUCCAACGCCCGGUUGAUCUGCUUUGUUCACCCAGAGCUCACAGGUUUCCCUAUUAAAGAGAUAAAGGGUACUCGCUUUCUAACCUAUCUUUAACAGCAAAGAAUUAUAAUCUAGGGCAAUCCAGGUCAUUUUAAAAAGGGGACAUUACAGAAAAAGAAAACAGGGAAGGAGAAAACUUGGAAGAGAUGAUAUAAGUACGUGAACUUUAGCUCCAAGAAAGGAAGAUUUAAUCUUUCUUUUUCAUGGAUGCAUUCAAAAGGAAAAGGUUAUUGUCUCCAUAAACCUUAGCAGCAAGUAUAACUUCAUCAGCAUGGAAUUAGCCAAGAAGCUACAUGUACAAGCAAAAAACAUCAAGGAGAAUCAAAUUUUAGUCCCUUGAAAAUGGCCUCGACUUUCCAAUGGAGCCUGAAAAUUCUCCCCUUGUCUCCAAGAAUUGAAAAGUACUGAAUCCUUUGAAGAUUAUAUUGGAUUCUUGAAGUGCUUUCCAUUGAUAUUUCUCUAUUAAGCAUCUUGUGCCUGCAAGAAAAAGGAAUUGCCAGUUAUUCAAUUAAAGCCUCAAAGUCUGUAAGAAAUAGCUUGGAUUUUAAGCUUUAUAUUGACUUUCAAAUAGAAGAUUUUGUGCCGCUUUAAAGAUGAGCUUUGUAUUCCGAGGGUCUCGAGGGGACAUAGAAAGUGGAUUUCCUGGUUUUAUUCCAGAGAGGCGCACUGUGAGAAUACAUAAUGGUGGGCGUUCAAUAAAUGCUAAUCCAAUGGCAUUUCUGGCCACAGUGCUUUUCUUAUUCAUGAUCUUGAAUUCCCAUCAAAUGUCUCCAAAUUUUCUGUUGUGGCUGGGCCUUGGGGUAUUUUUGAUGGCAACCAGUCUUCGUAUGUAUGCAAUGUGUCAGCAGCUCCAAGCUCAGGCACAGGUUCAUGCUGCAGCUGUUGCUGCUGCAGCUGGAGGUUUAGUAGGUCAUACAGAAUUGCGGUUACGCAUGCCACCAUCCAUAGCAUUUGCAUCAAGAGGCCGGCUGCAAGGUCUUCGUCUUCAGCUUGCUCUGCUUGACCGUGAAUUUGAUGACCUAGAUUAUGAUGCAUUGAGAGCACUAGACUCGGACAAUCCCCCCGGUGUUCAUUCAAUGAGUGAUGCAGAGAUAAAUACAUUGCCAGUUCAUAAAUACAAAGCCCAGUCUCGUCAGUCUCCUGUUGGUGAUCAGCAUGGAGAAAGCACAUCUUCACAACGUCAAAUUCCAUCUUGCACAGUAUCAAAGGAGAUGGGAAUGAAGAAAACUGAUUCAGCGAACGCAGAGGGCAGUGGAAAAGGACAAGAAGAAGAAUUGACUUGUACUGUUUGUCUGGAGCAGGUUAAUGAAGGAGAGUUGAUUCGUAGUUUACCUUGUUUACAUCAGUUCCAUGCCUCAUGCAUUGAUCCAUGGCUACGACAGCAGGCAACUUGCCCAGUCUGUAAGUUCAGGGUUGGAUCGCAGGAUUCCUCAGACACAAGCAAUGGUUCAUAUAUGGCUUAAUUUUUUCUACUAAUACUUAUUGGAUGGGUAUAUGAUUAUACUACACUCCUGCAAAUCAGUUUGUCUUUAGUGCAGGGUGAAUUAAGAAGGCUAAAAAAAGAUAAUUCUAUAGGCUUCAGCUUGUCAAAUUUAGCUGGGGAUCUGUAAGCCUCUAAUGAAAUGUUCGAGAUCUCAUUCCUUGACAGUUGUUCAUAGAGCAGGCUUUUGUAUAAAAAGUUGAAUUUAUAUUUUCAGACCAACACUGAGAGUUGUAUUUAUAUUUGCAUAAACGAACACUGAUUACUUAUCUAGCUUGUUCUUUUGUUGUACCGUACUGUGUGCAACAUGAAUGUAUAUUUUGUAUUCUACCAGCUUAUUCAAUCAUGUAUUUGCCAGCACCUAAGCAACAUUUCUCUUUUA